UGCGACCGUUUGCGUGGCAAAUUUGCACCUUUUGUGAGCACAAGCGUUCUUUCCUGCAAAAAAUUGCGCUAGAAAUUGCAAAAACUGUGAAAUCCGACAACGGAUAGAUAAAAAGGGACUUGUCCAGGUCUCCUUAAGGUGCAAAUAGCGGCGGAAAGACAGACGCGCGUGCAAAAAGCAGAGUGGGAUCGCGAGAAAAGCAGGAUUCGCGGAUACAUCUGAACCGGAAGUAGGAAAAAGCACCCAACUAAUCAGCGAUCAUGUCCGGCAUUGCAAUCACGCGGUUGGGGGAGGAGCGAAAGGCCUGGCGGAAGGACCACCCCUUCGGCUUCGUCGCCCGUCCCGCCAAGAACCCCGACGGCACCCUCAACCUGAUGAUCUGGGAGUGCGCCAUUCCCGGCAAGAAGUCGACCCCCUGGGAGGGCGGCCUCUACAAGCUGCGCAUGAUCUUCAAGGACGACUACCCCACCUCGCCGCCCAAGUGCAAGUUCGAGCCGCCGCUGUUCCACCCGAACGUCUAUCCCUCGGGCACCGUUUGCCUGUCGCUGCUCGACGAGGAGAAGGACUGGCGCCCGGCCAUCACCAUCAAGCAGAUCCUGCUGGGCAUCCAGGACCUGCUCAACGAGCCGAACAUCAAGGACCCGGCCCAGGCGGAGGCCUACACCAUCUACUGCCAGAACCGGUUGGAGUACGAGAAGCGCGUUCGCGCCCAGGCCCGCGCCAUGGCGGCCACCGAGUAGUCUGCAUCCUGGGCAUCGGCGUCCCGGCAUCCCACAUAGACAUUAACAAACACACAUCUAGGCGGUAAGCGUUUUCGAGAAUGCUAUCCACAUAUUAUCUUCUACAUAAGACCACUAAUUUUGGACGGAACUCUACUGCACACUCAAUACAAAUCAUCUGAUUUAAUUUUUUAACCCAAUCGCUUAGUACCAGCUAUAUUGUAUACUGUAUCAACUGAAUAAAAUUGAUUAAGUUCUGUA